CCCACUACCGCUCCUGAUAGGCGCUCGCUGUCAGGCGGUCACGCCCAUCAUACCGGCACGGCGCCUUCGGUUGGCUGUCUGUCGCCACGCCCCGGUUGUGCUGUGCCGGGGAACUGAGUGCUGGUGCCGCAGCGGCCUCAGAUCAGAGAGCGGCCGGCGGGGGACGUAGUGGUCCAGGCUGUGUUUUUUACGGUACAAGGCAGCGGGAGUCAUUGCAUCGGCCCAUCUCCAGCGUCACCACUAUGGCCAAGGAGGAGAACAAGAGCACGGAGCAGCCCAAGUCUGGGUGGAAGCAGUUCAUCUACAACCCCCGCAGCGGAGAGAUCCUGGGCCGCACGGCCAGCAGCUGGGCUCUGAUUCUGCUAUUUUACCUGGUAUUUUAUGGCUUCCUGGCUGGACUCUUCACCCUGACUAUGUGGGUAAUGCUUCAAACACUGGAUGACUCCGUGCCUAAGUAUCGGGAUAGAGUUUCCUCUCCAGGCCUAAUGAUUUCUCCUAAGUCACCCGGGCUGGAGAUGUCAUACAGUAAAAGUGAUAAGACCACAUAUGAGGUCUAUACUAAAGCGCUUCACUCCUUUCUAGGGCCAUACAAUGACUCCAUACAAGCCACAAAUAUGCAGUGCAUACAAGGACAUUACUACGACCAGGAUGGUGUAGAAGAGAGGAAGUCUUGCCAGUUCAACAGGUCCUCACUGGGACCUUGCUCCGGGCUUGAAGGAUAUGAGUACUUUGGUUACGACGAGGGGAACCCAUGUGUGAUCGUCAAGAUGAACAGAAUUAUUGGAUUAAAGCCGCAAGGAAAUCCGAAAAUAAACUGCACUUCUAAGACUGAGAACGUGAGCCUGCAGUAUUACCCGGAGUUUGGGAAGAUUGACUUGAUGUAUUUUCCAUACUACGGGAAGAAGACCCACUUGAAUUACGUGCAGCCCUUGGUUGCUGUGAGAAUUAUACCCGCCAACUCCACCGGCACAUCAGAAGUACUGGUCGAGUGCAAGAUCUACGGAUCUGCCAACUUGAAGAAUGAAGACGAUCGAGACAAGUUCCUUGGUCGAGUGAAUUUUAGAAUCCAAAUUCAGGAUUAAAAUAGGCAGCUGAACAGUGUCCAGUUGAAUAAAUUGUUUUGUUUUUUUAUGUUUUAAUAUUUUUUUUAUUAUUAUUUUGAGAUUUUUCUUCUUUAUUUGUUUUUUGUUUUUAAAUCAGCCAUACCUGCUUUUUGUAGAAUCUGAAACCAUCUGGGAGGAUGAUAUAAGUGGCACAUGAUUCAGGGUAGCAUAACAAUGUGCUUCCAAAUCUGAUGCGUUAACCUCUUCUGUGUUUAGAAUGCUAGAUUGGGUUCUCCUGACUUCUCCGACUUGGAAGAGGUUACAUUUUCCCUUACAUGCAUCUCUCUGCCCCUAUGGGGGGGGCCAGUUUACAAACAAUUAAAAACCUAAAUAAAUUAUCAUUUCAUAUUAGGGGACCUGUAAAUAGCUGAUUCCGAACAUAAUACUGGUGGUCUUCGUCCUAUUUUUGAUGUGAUUUUAUUCCUUCCCCCAAAGCCCCCUCUGUGAGUGUUACAAGCUUAAUGUGUUGUGCUAUGUAAAUAUUUAAUUGAUUUAACACUGGUUUAACGGUCAUAUCUCAAACGCCUACACAGUUUUAGGGAACAAAAAUUACAAACAAGUGAAUGGUACCUGACCAACAUGUACAAACAAAUAAAUACAAAAAAAGAGUAAAAAUACAAAAAAAAAUCAAGGAAAGAUUUUAUAACCUCUGCAAGAAUUGUGUGUCUUGUGCAGAUGCCUUAAGUCCUGUAUGAAAAAAGCGAAAUAAAGUGGAUUUUAAAAGUGGAA